AUGGGCAUGAUUAUUUUUUUAUCGGCUCAAAGUCAGGAAAGACAUUGCGAGGGUAAGUGUGACGGGUUCUCUUGUGUAGCAAAUUGUUCUGGCACAGAAUCGAUGGUGCUGGCCUCUGGUUUUGAAGCUACAGCGUGGGCCAGUGGCGAAUUGUCUAAUUCGGAGUGCCAAGGAAUAUUUUGUAGAUCUCGCUGUCUGACAGGGAUAGAAUCGUGUACAUCACAGUGCACGGGAGAAAUAUGCAAGAGUAUGUGUACGGGAGAAAAAUGUUAUUCUAAAUGUUCCGGUAAUGGCUGUGAAACUAAAUGCGAGGGGAAUAACUGCACUGCGAUGUGCUACGGCGAGGAUUGUAUAUCUUCUUGCUUAGGACUUAGCUGCAUCUCGAAAUGCUCCGGAGCGAACUGCUUCAUGCAAAACGACACUUUAAGAAGUAAACAAACAAACAAAAUAGCAAAC